AUGAAAUCCUUACCACCAUAUCAUCGAUCAUUACUAACUACAUAUAUUAAUAUUGGAGUAGUUUACAAUCAGAAAGGUGAAUACGAUAACGCAUUAGAAUAUUAUGAAAAAGAAUUAGAAAUUCAGAUGAAGUCCUUAUCACUAUAUCAUCCAUCAUUAGCAACCACAUAUACUAAUAUUGGAUUGGUUUACAUGGACAGAGGCAAAUAUGAUAAAGCAUUAGAAUAUUAUGAAAAAGCACAAGAAAUUCAGCUGAAGUCCUUACCACAAUAUCACUCAUCAUUAGCAAGUACAUAUACUAAUAUUGGAUCUUUUUAUAAUUACAAAGGUGAAUACGAUAGAGCAUUAGAAUAUUAUGAAAAAGCACAAGAAAUUCAGAUGAAGUCUUUACCACCGUAUCAUCUAUCAUUAGCAACUACAUAUACUAAUAUUGGAUUAAUUUACAAUGACAGAGGUGAAUAUGAUAACGCAUUAGAAUAUUAUGAAAAAGCACUACAAAUUCAGAUGAAGUCCUUACCACCAUAUCAUCCGUCAUUAGCAACUUCAUAUACUAAUAUUGGAUCAGUUUACAAUAAAAAAGGUGAUUUCGAUAAAGCAUUAGAAUAUUAUGGAAAAGCACUAAAAGUUCAGAUGAUGUCGUUACCACCAGGUCAUCUAUCAUUAGGAACUACCUAUACCAGUAUUGGAUCAAUUUAUAAAGAGGAAGGUGAAUUGGACAAAGCAUUAAAAUAUUAUGAAAAAUCACAAGAAAUUGAGAGAAAGUUCUAA